CUGAUUGCUGCGUUCGCUACUCGUUUGAUCAUUUUUGUUCUCUCUCAUUUUGUGUCGCAGGGUGCGGCGACUCCCUGCUUUUCCUAUGCGCCCGUAUAUUUGGCGCUGCCCGCUGAACCGUCUCGCGUAGCAGCGAGUGUGUGCGUGCUUGUGCCUGUGUUGCGAGGUUACCGUUUCACGAUCCCGCUGCACGCGCGAUCAAAGGGUACAACAGGCUCGACAACAGCAACUGAUCCGUGCCGAGCCAAUCCAAAGCACUGGGUGCGGAAGGAGUGUCAGUUUCACGCCCGUGGAGAGUGGCCUCCGUGAAAUUGUCGACGGGUGCGCGUAUAGUUUUCUUUUGCCCGUUUGAAAAGUGUCUGUUUGGACGGGGGUGUGCGCUUCGGCGCAGAACAGAACUGCCGUGCAAAGAAGCCAACCAGCCGACAGCAAAACGGGAGGCGAGCAGCGGUGUCGCAGUCUGUACAGGAAGCUCGUCUCCCUCCCACCCCCCCUCCCCCCACCUCCCGUCGAGGCCGCAGGAACAGCACUGAGGAACGAUAUCGUGGUCAUCGUACUGACGAUGAGAGCGCUGCUUCAGUAGAAUACUCGAAUCUUGUGCGCACGGUGUAGCCAGUGAUUUCACUGGCACAGUGAAAUAAGAAGUGCUUGUGCGAAAAACAGUUUUGUUUUCGCGGUAGUGAAAGCAGGAGAAGUCUCGCUUGUCCUCAACUGUGGAAAGGCGCGAGCCUAUAUUUCCGUCUCGCUUCUUCCCCUCUUCUCUCAGCUUCACAUCGCGCCACAUCACCGCCUUCGCACCUGCGGUUCAAGUUGUUGUCUGUUCGACGCCUGUUCGCCUUCUGGUUGCCGUCCGCUCGUCGUUUGUUCAUCGUCGGCUGGCUUCGUUCAGUCGUCUGCUCGCGACUUCUAUCGACUUUCGACUGCGCCAAAGAGCUGAAACACAAAACAACCUCAACGGCAUGUAUAUAAGCGGACACAUAAUCGUCGCUGCAGCCACGUUAGAGCUCCGGAUCUGCGCCCUGAAUCGACGAACCUAAGAAAACAGCAAUUGCGUUCGUACGGCGAAGACGCGAGCCUGGAGGAAAAAGCGAACGGGCAUAAGAGAAGGAGAAAAGGAAAGCGACGCCCGUUAUACGAAGCCGGUUGCCGACGUCGGCGCGCCAGCGAGCGCGCUGCGACAAGAUUCGGAACGAGAUCCAGCCAGCCAGCCAAGCUCUCUCCCCAGGUGGCGGCAUUGAAGCGGCGGCGGCAACGACUGAUCUCGCGGCGGCGGCAGCAGCAGCGCGGUAAACUGCGGUGUCUCGCAGCGAUAUGACCGCGGUCCAGCGCGGACAACGACGGCUGUGCCUGGAAUGCUGACUCCGUCAUCGUGGCCUCUGCUCCUCUUGCUAGUGUCCCUGCUCACGGAGUACGCCAGAGCUGCGUUCAGCCACCAAACGUACAACAAGGAACCAGAGCGGCGGCUCGGCGAGACAUGCAUUACGAGGACGGCGUGCGAGCUUGGCGAUGCCCACUCGGACUGCAUCCACUGGCAGUGUCAAUGCAAGAAGGGCUUCCGCAUAGAAUUCCUCCAUGGGGUGCCUGUCUGUGUCACCGGUUUCUUCCCGAACCAGUGCUACUCGCACAACCAGUGCAUCGAGAUGGACGAGCAUGCCCUGUGCGUGAGCAACGUGUGUGACUGCGAAAACGGCUACCAGAGGGAGCUCAUCUAUUGGAAGUACGUCUGCAGGCCAGAAAAAUCGGACAAAAGCCUUAUCAUAUUCAUCCUGAGCUUCACGCUACUCCUACUAAUUGUUGUAUUGCUGUAUAUCGGGAAACAUUACGUGCAGUCGGAAUGUGCCGGACCUCCGAACCCGCCCUGUCCCGCAUCCACGACCAUCACCGGCUUCACGGGUUCCAUCCAGGACGCAGACAGACCUGCCGCCCAGCUACGAGGAGGUGAUGCGGUACCUCUCCCAGCAGUCGUCGAAAAGAUGACGUUCACACCACGAGGCAUGGAGGCGUUCCUAUCGCUGACCAGUGGCCUCAGCCCUUGCGACGCAAGAGCAGCAGCAGCAGUGCACUCGCCGCAUCCUACGGCCACUGGCGGUCGCCUCUAGGGCUGACUUUUGUCGAUCGGUUCAACUAUCCGGCGGUGCCGGCUGCGGCGGCGGUUUUGUAACCUUGGGCAAGGAACUGACAGACCUGUCUUCACUGCCGCCACCGCCAUCUCCACCGCCGCCGCCACCACCACCAGCGCCUGCUGAACUAGUGGCGCCACUUUCCCAGCUCUCUGGCCCCUCCACCACGCUCGCUACAGCGUCCGCAGGGGAACACUUCCAUCGAGUACUGAUCCACCAGGAGCCGCCACCUCCUCCACCGCCACCGCUACCUGCAACGUCACAGCUGACAGCCACGAACCUGGCGAGCUGCGUGCGCAUCGCGCAAGGGCGGAUGCACGAAGAAGCCGUAGAAAUUGAACCUGUUACCUUCGCCGUCGCCGACGCGUACGACUCCGUCAGAAACAAGACCCGGUGCUUGAGGUUCGAUCUUAGGUUCUAAGUGCUGACACUAAAUUAACAGGAAGAAAGACAAACUGAGGUUUGAGUGUUUGGUGCUGUAACUUGUUAUUGGAACUUCGGAAGUGUUUUGUUUAUUGGAGUGCACGCGGUAACUAUCCGCGAUAUCAAGAGACGUUCUUUGCAAGAUACUGGAGUUUUAAUCGCUGCACGUUUUGCAGUGUCCUCAGAGAAAGAGUGUAGGACGACUUUUCUGAGAGGAUGGCACUAGGACAUGUAAUGUCGUUUUCAAAUGAUCGUACAUCACUAUGCGAACAUCAGCGUUCCGCCUACAGAAAUUGCCGUCUUUUGGAACCAAUCUGCUCAAGUCAGUGCUGAACUUUGCUUGUGAGAAUUGACUUCUUCAAUCGCCCAGGUGAUGUUUUCAGCGGGACACAGGUAAAGCAAAACGCCCGGAUAGUACACGACACGCGGUCAAGCCUUACCGCACAUGGUCGAAAUCGCGGGCUUUUUGUUUGUUUGCUGCUCCUUGUUCAUGGUAUUCUCGAGCACCACUUCCAUUUAUUUUUCUCUUUCGAACGAGUAUCAUCAUCAGCCAUAACUUCCGACUUACGGAAGUAGUGUUCGGGACUGUAUAUUUGCACAGUAUACACCAACGCAUACAUAUAUCUAAGCAUACCCAUUUAACUAUAUCAGCUCUGAAGCCAACGCUAAUGGCUCAACAAUUGUCUAGAACUCACUGCCCUUGUUCGUACGCCAAGCCGACACAAGUCGCGCACGUGGAGUUCGUAAAUGUUUGCAUGUACUGAGCGCAUGUUAUGGUUGGUUCGUUAAUUGAUCGCCUCCACGAAGCCAACUUAAAGGGACCCUGAAACAAUUUUGACGAUUUUGUACAAACGUACUGAGUCGUUAGAUUAGGUCCUCCUGAUCAUUAAUUGACGCAUCUAAGUGCUCCGCGUCAAGCGUGUAAUUGUAAGGUUUUAAAAAAUGUACAUCGCUGCCGAUCGUAGCAGACUGCUCGGCGGAAUUUUCAGCCGCCCCUAACCAUAUGACGUAAAUCACCCAAUUGACGUCAGCAGGGCGAGUUAUCCGAUUGGCUGCCCAGGGCGCGUCAUCGAUAAUUUUUCCACUUUUAUGGCGAACAAAUAAUGUUCGUAAUAGUUGGAACGCUAGUUAAUUUGUUUCUAUAAAAAGAAAGUAACAGAAAGAGAAUGCACAAGACCAAUUUCUCACUACAUUUAAGCACUUCCGGCACACAGCAAGCGUCGUGUGCUUGUGUUACAACGUGCUCCAUUUUGGCGAGAGCUCCGCGGUCAGAGUCGAUUACAGUCUUUUCGCGAGCACUAUGAUUCGACUUUGUUGCGUCGUGGACUGCAAACGUGGCGACUGGCAAUAUGUCAAGCUGCGACAUCGUGUCCAUCUGCAAGGCAGCAGACGAGCGGACUGGCUGCAGCGCAUCGGACUGCCGCUAUCUAGUCGGCGCCAGGAUUUGCGCGUUUGCGGCUUUCACUUUACACCGGAAGAUUACUAACACAAUAGCGUUUCGCGAGUCCGGUAUUAGGAUAAACUCAAGCGCAAGGGAGCAGGGCCUGGCCGUUUGACCGUGUUGAUUCACGGGAUGAGCAGAAGCGCAAAUGUGAAUGGCCUGCAUGGUGCAGCCACCUGGUGGCACAGAGCUCAACCACAAACUGUAGCAGUAACGAAGUGUAUUCUUUGCUGCUGGUGUACAUUUUUCGCAGGAGUGUAAUCGUUAAUUAACACGUUUUUGUAAAUGUUUAAGGUGUUUUACACUUGGAUAGAGGAAUAUUAGCGCUUUGUUUGGCUGGUUAAGGUAGGCGCCAACAGGUGGCUGCACCGUGCAGACCGAUCAGGCCGCUCGCGUACGUCUACGCUAAAGUUCCUUCAUCAGCUUGAGUUUAUGCCUCCAGCGAUCCGUCGAAACGCCCAGCUCGCCUGUGGUUACCGGAAUACCAGACACGUUCGGCGCUGACGCAGAAUGCUCGCAACGCACGCUGCUUCGAUAGCUCUCGCGUGGGGUCGACUGCCAAACAGCCGGCGGAGAGCUUGGAGAGGCUUCGCGUGCUCUCCCCUAGAGAAACGGAAGUCGACGACAGGACGUGCCAUCAUGACGCAGAGCCAGUGAAGGCGGAGCUUAGCCCCGAUCAGUCGGCGAACGAGUUCCUCAGGAGAAAAUGCAUGACUAUGGAAGAGGGUAACUUGUAAUCGUCCGUAGCUCUCUUAGUGUGAGAUGUUCACACAAAUUGUGGUGCGAAUGGUUAACUUUAGCUGUACCCUACGCCUCUACAAAAUUUGUCGGAACCGUUUCAGGGGCCCUUUAACUUCACUGACAGCGAUUGUGAGAGAUGGCGCAGGGAUUCCUGCUAAUCGUUACGUUUCUAAGAAAUGUCGUUAGGCCUUCCAUAGUGUCUUUCGUAGCUAGACACACGCACGCACGCACACACGCACGCACGCACUCACUCACUCACUCACUCACUCACUCACUCACUCACUCUCUCUCUCUCUCUCUCUCUCUCUCACGCACACACACACACACAGCCUGUAAAUGAAGUACCGUUUGUUACAGAUGUUUUAAAGAGCAAAUGCUCAAGUACUCGCACUUUGCAGCGAGUCACCGCCGCACGAAGUGCAUCUGUUGGUGAACGACACGGGAAAGAUUGACUGGCUGGUUCAUUCAAUGUAACAGGUAUUCAGGAAUCUUUUGUAUUGGAGAUAGCACAGAAUACAUACAUUACAUCUUUCCAUUUCAGACAGAACACACUGCCCUGCGGCAAAUUAAAAAAAAAACAAUAUAAUUUCUGUACCAAAAAAGGUUAGCACAUUGGUUAAAACUGUGAUAAAAAGCUUGCAAGCUAGGCAUGCACAAACGUUUAUUGGCCUCAGUGCAGAUCCUGUUAGUUGUUUAUUUGUUUGCUGACGUUUUUACAGCUGCGUUCAAGGAAGCGCGGGCAGAAAUUAACACGCCUUAUCGUCACGUCACACCGUAUUUUUUAUUCCUGUCAAAUACCAGAAAGAGGUCUGCAUUUGCCUCGAAGCACGUGCCGUCAUCUUGCGCCAUUGUUUUCUGUCCAAAUGCCGUCUUAUCACCGUUUUACUAACGCAUAUCAAAGAUAUGCUUCCAAACAGAGUUGUGCUCAAGCGUCAGCAGCGUUAACCGCUAUGGGCCCCACAUCCACAUGGCUAAAGUGCGUGUGUCUAUGUAUUCUUGUUGCAGCACGAUAUGGGUAUUUCUUUCCGUCUUUGUUUACCUGAAGGACCGAUACCGCUCGCGGUCAGCGAUAUUGUUUCAACUGUGUGAAAUAGGAACAUGACUGUGUCAAUGUAAUCUGAAAGGAAAGAAAUGUGUGUCUCGUGCGCGCGAGAAGCGUCAAAAAUACGUGGCAUGAACAUCGGGCAGACCAUUAGCACGGCGGCAUUGCGGUGUGUGCAGAACGCCAUGCCUCCCCUUUCUCCCCCACUGAAGCGUUUGCGUGACAGUCUAAUCAUGACGAAGAUGUCACAGAAAUCCAUAAGGAGACUUGAAGUCAUCAACAUUGGGUGAACGAGGGAAGCCUCAGCCUGGAGUCAGCGUUUCGACGACGGGAUUUGCCGUCGUCAGGAAUUGGUUAGUGCCCUCGCAAGUGCCGUAUCCGUCAGAGCUUCGUUGGUGGGCUCAAAAGUUCUACAUGCCAUGAGUUGAAUUACGAGGUUUUACGUGUCAAAAACCAUGAUUUGUUUAUGAGGCGCGCCGUAGUGGGGGCACCCGGGGUUAAUUUUGACCGCCAGGUGAUCUUUAACGUGCCCCAAUGCAUGGGGCACGGGCGUUUUGGCAUUUCUCCCCCAUCUAAAUUCGGCUGCAGCGGCCGAGGUUUGAUCCUGCGACCUCGUGCUCAGGUGCGCCACACCAUAGCCGCUAAAAUACCACGGCGGGUAAAGUCCUGUCUUCGUCAGGACCUCUAGCCUUAUUGUCAACGUUUCGGCAGGGAAGUUGUCUUUGCCAGUUUCCUCAUAAAUCAUCCAAGUGGAUUCGUCUUCUGCCAGUGCGCUGUCAGAUCCCGCUAUCGAAACGCUGCUUUCACACUGAAGCUUCCAUUGUUCGCCCACUGUCAGCUCCAUCUUCUUGCGACUGCUUCGUCUAUACAACAAAAAUAGGGUGUUAUAAAUGGGAUAUUUGUCUGGCGUAUGUGCAUUUUUUGUUAGAGGCGUCGAGAGUAGUGCAGAAGUAGUGUUCUGCGAUACAUUAAAUGGAAUGCAUUUGUAAUAUGCUGUGUUUUAUGAAAACAAAAAUUAAGCUGUUUUCUGAAAAGCGGAGCGCUUGCGACUUUCAAUCUGAAGUUUCUACCUGGCUAAUAUUUCAUGCAAGCGUUCUUGCAACACUUCCGUCAAAUAGAAAGGAUUGGGUGCUCGCGUCAAGUGUGUUUUAGUUUCUAAAUACCCAAAGUAAGGAUCACGACACGCGUCGCGACAGUGUCUACAGCGUUGUUAUCUGCCGAAAUACUCUGUGCAAUUUACGCACACCUGUAAAUAUGUAGCCCCAUGAAAGGUAGGAAGCGAAAAGCGUAGGGACAGCGUAAUGACGUGCAAUGGAAUAUCAUCAUCGCCGAAUAUGUUCCCAUAUGUUCUCAUUUUGGGAACACUCGUGGAAACUUGCUUGUUUAAAUAAAGAAAACCAAGAAAAUGUGA